CCACCCUCUUCCACUAGGGGGACCCAAAGCCACUUGGCUACUUUAAAAGUUGGCCUUGAAUAGGUCAGUAUGCUUUUUUGGCUCAAGGUGUGUGACAGAACAAGAAAAAAAGCCCCUUUUGAUAAGAACAAGGCAUGUCCGUGUGCCACGUUAUCACAGGCUGUGAGCAAAUACAGUUUUGGUGAGCUUAAAUCUUAUCUUUUUGCUCCGCACAGCAAGCUGUGCACAACACCAGGCGUCAUGUCAGGGCUUAACACUUCUCUGGUCUACUUCUUAACUGUGGUAGGAGUGAGUGCGGUCGGAAGGGUGCUGUUCGCUCGCUGGAAACAACGGUGGAGUUUCCUAACAGAAUUAAUUGCUGCUUUUGCACUUGCUGCUUGUAGACUAGAAGUGGAGACUAUUUCAGAGGUCGGUCAGUGGGCUGGUGCACUGGGGCCAGAUGUGGCCUUCACAAUGCUUUUCCUAGCUAUAGUCAUCCAUGGUAUAAUCAUGCAAGGUGUGAGUGGCAAUCCAGCUGUGACCAUAACGGCACACCUCCAGAAAGAAAUUGGUGCUGUCGCAGCUGUUCUUAGCGUUGCAUCACAGUUUCUUGGUGCAUAUCUUGCCCUCUUAUUUGCUGGUAAAUACUGGGAGAUGGAGCUGACGGAUAUGCAUAUGAUCAAGAAUAUGAUGAUGGCAGAGUGCAGUACUUCUUUGCGAGCCACGCUGGUACAAGGAGCCUUUGCGGAAGCUGUUUGUGCAAUUACUUUUUACCUGGUUCAUCUCGUCCUAAAAAACAGGACACAGCUGCUGAGAGUUCCCAUCUUGGCUUUUUUGCUAACUUUUUUCACCUAUGCAGGAAAUAACUACACCUCUGGAUAUGUGAAUCCAUCCCUUGCUUUUGCGCUUACAUUCACUUGUCCUGGACAUACCUUCUUGGAAUAUGCUGUUGUCUACUGGCUUGGGCCUCUUGUUGGUAUGAUUCUUGCACUGUUCCUGUAUUUGGGCAAUAUUCCAUUGCUGUUCAACAGGAAUCUACUUUACUCCAGGAAGGCACGUUUCCGGGUGCCAAAGGGGAAAACUUCUGAUGAUAAUAAGAUCAACUGAGAGAGGCAAACAUGAAAAUCGACAUUAAUAUAUAGUUUUAUGUGUCCUUUGGAAUAGUUUUUCCUCUCAUUAUAUUUUUGUUUUUAUGUUUGCAUUCCCUCGCAAUAAAUUGGCCAUGGUUUUACUACAGUAAUAUUGAACCAACCAUGAUUGGAGAAACCAUGGUUAAUCUUGUGGUUACUAUGGUUUUACCACAGAUAUUAUGGUUACACUAUGGUUACUGUACAGAGGUCUGCACGGACCUUAAAAUGAAACCUGAACCGUACCCGAUUUUAAGCCUGAACCCGAAAUUGCACUCUCUUUAUCAUUUCUUCUCCAUGCAAGUAUUGUUGCAAUUGGCUGUAUUUUAUGUAAACAUCACAGGCAACAUUCGUAACAGUAAACAUACACUGUUUUAACAAGCCACUGUGGUUCCUCAGCACAUUAGAGCAGUAGAGGGGAAAAACAUUGGCUUACUGUUUAUCAAGUGCCAAAACUUUGCUUGGUGCAGAACGGUCUGAAAUCAUGUGUAACAUAUUUCACAUUAAAAUAUGAAGUUUUGCUGUCUGAAGUUUUUCAGAAUGUGGAACCUUUGUGACAGCUGCUCUAAACACAAGAUAGACGUAGUGCAAUGAAUGAAACAGAACACAGGUGUCUCGACGUGUCUUGGAAACUUGGAAGUUAUUUUUUAACUUGCACAGUGUCUAAAAAUACAGUGGUCCUGCGCGAGACACUGAAGAAACAGCGAGACCUGUGCAACAGUCAAAGUUUGCACAUCUAGGAGUUAGAACACGUGCCCGAAACAAGUUAGGUAAGCCUGGUUAUUUUUUCAUUCAGUCAGAACCCAGUAUCAUACUUGAAAAACUGACCCAAAACCUGACGGUUUCUAGGGUCCUGUCUGGCCUGGGUUGGGUUGCAGACCUCUUUUACUGUAGUAAAUCCAUGGAUAAUUUUCAGAGUUAACCAAGGUUUUACUACAGUAACUAGAGUUAACUAUGGUACAAUAUUUGUAGUAAAACCACAAAAUUAUGAUUUUUAUUACCAUAGUUUUCUUUUUCCUGUAUUAUUACUAUGGUUUUACUACAAAUUUCAUUGUGUAUCUUUAAGUACUAUAAAAAAAAAAAAAAAAAAAACAUGGUUAAUUUUGUGGUUACUAUGGUUUUGCUACAAAAACCAUAGUUCAACUAUGGUUACUGUUGUAAAAUCAUGGUUCAUUUAUUGUGAGGUAACUCAAAAUAAUUGCGAGGAAAUGCAAAAAUAUGUCAGAAUUUUUUUGAAAAUAGUAGGGAAACAUAACAGCCAUAUAGCCAGGCAUACUGUUUAAUUGUCCAUUUUAAAGGGGUCAUUUAAUAAAUGCUCCCCCACCCCCCCCAAUAAUUUGGCGUGGGCCAAAUUAUUGAACUUGUAUGCAUGCCGCCAUUUGGCAUCCUUGAGCAGUGCCCGGCUACGACUUCUGCUCAAAACUCAUCCGCACCACUCAUGUAGUUUUCCAUUUAAAAUGUACACAAAUCGUCAUUAAGGGAAAAUACAUGACUUUAGCCUAAGCUUAAAGAUGCGCUGUGUGUGAUCUUUUCAGUAAAAAGUUUCCUUGUAUGGUUUGACAGCUUGAAUAAAGACUAGUUGCACUGUUUUUCUUUUUGUUUUUUUCAUACACCAACCUGCAAACUCAUUAUCACUUUGUUUAGUCUUGAAGAAGUGCAGAAACCUCCAGUGCGUUGUGUUGUGCGCUGUGUGAUAGCUUGUAGAUGUUCUCUUCAGAUUAUAUAAAUUCUGUAAUUUUACAUCCAUUAACAUUAUCGCAAAUCAAAUUAUAAACCAGAUGAAAAAUUGCACUUUUUUUUUUCCUCUCCUAAAGAGCAGGAACUGUUUUUAUAACGAUUGUUUGUUUUUUUAGCACCUGUAAAUAUCUUAAGAACCAUUUCCAGGAAAGAGAAAGUGCCAACUUUUAUUCACACUAAAGUGGUUGUCAAUGCAAGGAGCAUUUACAGUAAAGUUCAACUGUUGUCAAACAGAAGAUUUGUCCCCUUGUUUUGUGUAUGCUCUCUUUUAUUAGACAAUUUAUGAGUUUGUUUACAAUUAUUCAAGGAACAACAGAGUUUUUGGAUUUUGGUCUUCUUGUAGAUUGAUUUUUGAAGGGACCUUGUAUACUAUGGAGUUCACAGUCGAAAUUCUGCUUUUAUGUUUUUCCACCGUUUCAUUUGGUGAGUUUUUCUGAUAAUUUUCUGAAGGUUUGAAGAAUCAGCUGGCAAAUUUACUGUAAAUGUAUUGCUUUUGCUAUCAAGAUAUACAAUGCUUCUUUUGUUAUGGAGA